UCAUAUGCAAAACGAACACAGACACAGCAGUCCAUCUCUCUCUCUCUCUCUCUCUCUCUCUCUCUCUCAUAUCCUCUUCCUCUCUUUCUCUUACCUUUUCCGAAAUCGACGAUGUCGUCUAUCAUAAUUUCAACGUAUUUUAAUCUCAGCAAGCCGACUAAUUUAAUCUUAAAUCCAGAGAGAAUGGGGAACGAACCCUUACACCGCCACUCUGAUCUCUGUGCCUUAAUGGCCUUUUCCCUUUCCUCUCUUCUUCCUCUUCCUCCUCGUUUAUACCUAAUUCAACCCUUCUUCCAUCCAGACAAAAUUCUAUCUCUAGAAAAUCGUGACGAUCCAUUUCGAUCUCGUUGAUCCCCCCUAUAACCGCCGGUCAUGGCUUCUCUGGUUUGGAGAAAGUCCUAAUCGAUGUCGAAGGGGGAGGAAGGUGGUUCUCAUAGCCGUAAGAAUAAUUUGAAUGGUAGGAAAGGUGUGAUCGACCAAGGUUUUGGUAAUGGUUCGUGGGUGAACAAUCAUAAUUCUCCGUCCAAGAAGACUAGGGUUUCUGAGAGUCUCCACAACCACAACACCGAUGAGAGCUUGGAUGGAUUUUAUACCAAGGAAGGCGAGGAUGUUGUUGGUUCAUCGGAUGUAGAACUUCAGGAUGCAGAUUAUUCUUACGUUCCUUCCCUCAGUGAUGAGUUGGCACUUCUGAUCUUGGCUAGGAUUCCGAGAUCGGAAUAUGGGAAGUUUUGCUUUGUAAACAAACGCUAUUUGGAUUUACUGAGGAGCGGUGAGCUCUACAAGAUUAGGAGACAGAUUGGGAUUAAGGAGCCGUCGGUUUUCGUGUUGGCAAGCGGGGAGUCGCGUUGGUGGGCAUUCGAUCGGCGAUUCAUGUCAUGCAGGAAACUUCCGAUUUUGCCAUCCGACCCGUGCUUCGCGGCUGGUGAUAAAGAAUCGUUUUGCGCAGGAACCCACCUGCUUGUAUCGGGCAAAGAGAUUGAGGGUGUGGCUAUCUGGAGGUAUGACUUGACGACGGACAGAUGGUUCAGGGGGCCUUCGAUGAUUAGUCCAAGAUGCUUAUUUGCAUCCGCCAGCUGCGGAAACGUUGCGUGCGUGGCCGGUGGGAUUGGGAUGGGGACCGGCAUGGAGAUAUUAAGUUCAGCAGAGAAGUAUAACCCUGAUGAUGAAUCAUGGGUUCCACUUCCCAGGAUGCAUCGGCGGAGGAAGCUGUGUUCAGGGUGUUACAUGGACAACAAGUUUUACGUGGUUGGAGGGCAAAAUGAAAGGGGAGUUGAUCUCACCUGCGGGGAGUUCUAUGAUUCUGAAAGGAACUCAUGGGAAUUAAUUCCAGACAUGUUGAAGGAUGCUCCGGUUUCGACUUCGCGUUCUCCACCUCUUGUUGCAGUUGUGAACAACGAGCUCUACUUGCUGGAAGCUUCUUCAAACCAUCUGAUGGUGUACUUGAAGAAGAGCAAUUCAUGGAAGGAUAUGGGGAUGGUCCCAGUAAGAGCUGAUCAGAGCAGAGGUUGGGGUGUAGCUUUCAAGUCUCUGGGUGAUGAGCUGCUUGUAAUUGGUGGGACUGCAACAUCUUACGGUUAUGGAGGCCAUGGGCAUGGGAUGACUAUAUGCAUUUGCUCUCCGGAUCCCAAUGCCAAUGAUCUCAAGUGGAGGUUUCUUGGGGGUGGUGGUAAUCGGAUGAGCCACUUUGUUUUGAAUUGCUCUGUUAUGGUAGCUUAAGUAUUAUUGUCUAAGCCUUGAGGAAUUCCUCGAGAAUAAAAGGCUACCCUCAUUCAAAACUCCAAUUGUAAGUUUGUUGGGCCGGGUGUUCUGAUUUGUCCAUGACCGAAACUGUGAUUCCUGUUUCUGAAUUUAUUUUCAUCAUUCCUGUAGGCUGUAUCAAAGUACGAUUCACUGAACACUCAAGUUUUUAAAACAAUUGGUUUCACAGUGUCUUCUUGUUCGGCACAGCA